AUGUGUGGGGACUUGGGACUUGGGAGCCAACCAGAGGGGUUUUCGCGAAAAUUAGGGCGAGAGUGGGAUCUCUGGCGUCACUGUGGAAUUGAUGAUGUCAUAAUCAUCACAUCGGUCAAUGGGAUUCUCAAACCAAAAGAAACCGAUCAUAACUGCUCAUCAUCAUCCUCAGCCUCCCACAAGCCCACGGCUUUAAUCACGCAAGCCGAACCGGCCACGAUCACACCAGCAAAAACCGGCGGUACAAACAUAUCCAGCACGGACCGCUUGAAAAACCGGCCGGGAAAGCAGAAAAUCUCGGACGGAAUAUCUAACGGCAGCCUGACGGAGCCCGGCUCGCGGCACGCCCGGGAUGACGGCGAGGCCGGCCGGACGGUGGAGAACACGAAGGCCACCUCCGGCGUGAACGACGCCACGGCCACCGUCACCGUCAGGACGGCCGUCCACGCGGCGGCGUAG